CAGCAGGCAUGUUGGUGGAUGUAGCUGUGGUCAGAGGUGGCUCAGUGGGCAUGUUGGUGGAUGUUGCUGUGGUCAGAGGUGGCACAGCAGGCAUGUUGGUGGAUGUAGUUGUGGUCAGAGGUGGCUCAGUGGGCAUGUUGGUGGAUGUAGCUGUGGUCAGAGGUGGCUCAGCGGGCAUGUUGGUGGAUGUAGCUGUGGUCAGAGGUGGCUCAGUGGGCAUGUUGGUGGAUGUAGCUGUGGUCAGAGGUGGCACAGCGGGCAUGUUGGUGGAUGUAGCUGUGGUCAGAGGUGGCUCAGCGGGCAUGUUGGUGGAUGUAGCUGUGGUCAGAGGUGGCACAGCGGGCAUGUUGGUGGAUGUAGCUGUGGUCAGAGGUGGCUCAGCGGGCAUGUUGGUGGAUGUAGCUGUGGUCAGAGGUGGCACAGCGGGCAUGUUGGUGGAUGUAGCUGUGGUCAGAGGUGGCUCAGCGGGCAUGUUGGUGGAUGUAGCUGUGGUCAGAGGUGGCACAGCGGGCAUGUUGGUGGAUGUAGCUGUGGUCAGAGGUGGCUCAGCGGGCAUGUUGGUGGAUGUAGCUGUGGUCAGAGGUGGCACAGCGGGCAUGUUGGUGGAUGUAGCUGUGGUCAGAGGUGGCACAGCAGGAAUUGUAGGUGAAGUGGCAGUCAAAUGUGGCACAUCAUAAAUGGUGGAUGAAACAGUGCUGGUCAAUGGUCCAUUGCUGUUCUUACAUCUUGUAAGGUGGUCCACAAAGUUGUCACGUCGGAAUACAAUUAAAGAACAAUAUACACAAUGGUAAUGUAAUUUUGUCUGACAGCCUAAACCACAUCGGUGUAUUGUAUAAUCUGAAAAAAGAAAUUCAAUCACACCUUACUCACAUUUUAACUUCAUGUAAUCAGCUUGAUGUUUCAGAUUAAGAUAGCAGUAGACAGAACAACUUUAAUGUAAAUUAUUUGUAAAACGUACAUGCCACAUGCUCUGAUAAUAUUUAAAUUACUUUGGUUGAGAAAUACUAAAAAAUAUACAUCAAUCACGUAUGUAUUUAACAUCAGCAUUCCAUUAUUAUA